AUGAAAGGUGUGGUUGAUUGGACUAGAUUGCCUGAUGAUACAGUAAUUCAGCUUUUUUCAUGUCUGAACUAUCGUGAUCGUGCGAGCUUGUCAUCAACCUGCCGGACAUGGAGAGUUCUGGGUAAAUCUCCAUGCUUGUGGCAGGUAUUGGAUUUAAGGCCCCAUAAGUGUGAUGCUGCUGCAGCUGCUUCUCUUGCCUCUCGAUGCAAGAAUCUUCAAAAACUUCAGUUCCGGGGUCCUGAAUCUGCUGGAGCUAUCAUAAAUCUUCAAGCUCGGGGUUUGCGUCAGAUUAGUGUCGAUGGUUGUCGGAAAAUUACGGAUGCUUUGUUAUCUGUGCUUGCUGCUCGACAUGAGGCACUAGAGUGCCUUCAGCUUGUGCCAGAUUUAUGUGAAAAGAUCAGCAGUGAUGCAGUAAAAGCAAUUGCCAUUUGCUGUCCCCGACUGCAGAAACUUUGGCUCACGGGUAUACAUGAAAUUGAUGCAGAUGCUAUCAAUUCUUUGGCAAAGUAUUGUCCAAACUUGAUGGAUAUUGGAUUCAUUGAUUGUCGAAAAGUUGAAGAGACUGCUAUGGGAAACGUUGCGUCAGUCCGCUUCCUAUCUGUCGCAGGGACACGUAAUAUAAGGUGGGGUUUGGUAUUACAACACUGGAAAAAGCUGCCUCACUUGACAGGCUUAGAUGUUUCUAGAACAGAUAUUACACCUAAUGCUGUUUUAGGACUGUUAAAAUCAUGGCAGAGUUUGAAGGUCCUGUGCGCCUUAAAUUGCCGAGCACUUGAGGAAGAUGCGGCCUUUGUUUCCAAUAACAAUCAUAAAGGUAAAGUUCUGUUUUCUGUCUUUACAGACAAUUUUAAAGUUGUAGCUUCGCUAUUUUCCGAUACUACAAAGAAUGAGAGGAACGUUUUCUUGGAUUGGAGAAAUAUGAAUGAUAAGGAUAGAAAGUUAGAUGAGGUAAUGAAGUGGCUGGAAUGGACCCUCUGCUAUGCACUUCUACGUAUUUCAGAGAGCAACCCACCAGGUUUGGAUAAUUUUUGGCUCAACCAAGGCACCUCUCUGUUACUUAGUUUCAUGCAGAGUGCAGAGGAGGAAGUUCAAGAAAGAGCGGCUACAGCUCUUGCUACUUUUGUCGUAAUUGAUGAUGAAAAUGCCAGUAUUGACCCCGGAAGGGCUGAAGCAGUUAUUCGAGUUGGGGGCAUACGUCUUCUUCUAAACCUUGCGAGGUCAUGGCGGGAAGGGCUUCAGUCAGAAGCUGCAAAGGCUAUAGCAAACUUAUCAGUGAAUGCCAAUGUCGCAAAAGCUGUGGCAGAGGAAGGAGGGAUCAAUGUUUUGGCAAAUAUGGCUAGGUCUAUGAACAGGCUGGUUGCUGAAGAGGCUGCGGGAGGACUCUGGAACCUCUCUGUUGGUGAAGAGCACAAGGGUGCCAUUGCUGAAUCUGGUAGUGUAAAAGCUUUAGUUGAUCUUAUCUUUAAGUGGUCUGGCACUGCUGAAGGUGAAAACGUUUUGGAACGUGCUGCAGGUGCAUUGGCAAACUUGGCAGCGGAUGAUAAAUGCAGCUUGGAAGUUGCUUCAGCGGGUGGAAUACCUGCUUUAGUAACUUUGGCAAGGAGUUGCAAGGUUGUAGGAGUGCAAGAGCAGGCGGCUCGUGCCUUGGCAAAUUUGGCUGCUCACGGAGAUAGCAAUGGUAACAAUGCUGCUGUUGGAGAAGAGACGGGAGCUCUUGAGGCACUUGUGCAACUUACUCGCUCUUCUCAUGAUGGUGUCAAGCAAGAAGCUGCUGGCGCAUUAUGGAAUUUAUCCUUUGAUGACAGCAAUCGAGAAGCAAUUGCAGCUGCUGGAGGCAUUGAGUCAUUGGUUGCUCUUGCACGUUCCUGUUCAAAUGCCUCUCACGGCCUUCAGGAGAGGGCUGCUGGUGCUCUGUGGGGAUUGUCCGUGUCAGAAGCAAAUAGCAUUGCCAUUGGACAAGAAGGAGGCGUGGCACCACUAAUAGCACUGGCACGAUCAGAUGCUGAGGAUGUCCACGAGACAGCUGCUGGGGCUCUUUGGAAUCUUGCUUUCAAUUCUGAUAAUGCUCUCCGUAUAGUAGAGGAAGGCGGGGUUCCUGCCCUGGUUUCUCUUUGUUCUUCUUCUGUGUCAAAAAUGGCCCGCUUCAUGUCGGCGCUGGCUCUGGCAUACAUGUUUGAUGGAAGACUGGAUCAAGUUGCCACAGAAAGCACUUCAAAGAGUGUAAGCUUGGAUGGGGCUAGAAGAAUGGCCUUAAAACACAUUGAAACUUUUAUCCUGUCCUUUUCCAAUCCUCAAGCAUUCUCUGCUGCUGCUGCAUCAUUGGCCACUGCAGCAUUGACACAAGUAUCGAAUUCUGUUCGCAUUCAAGAUGCUGGUCACCUGAGAUGCAGUGGAGCUGAGAUUGGAAGGUUCGUUUCCAUGCUGCGAAAUCCUUCUUCAAUUCUUAAGACGGGCGCUGCAUUUGCUCUUCUUCAGUUUACCAUACCAGGUGGUCGGCACGCAAAGCAUCAUGUGAGACUUCUGCGAAAUACUGGAGCACCGCGGGUGCUUCGAGCUGCAGCAGCCGCAACAGGUGCCCCACUUGAAGCAAAAAUCUUUGCUAGAAUUGUAUUGCGGAAUCUCGAACAUGAAAUAGAAUCUUCUCUGAAGAGUGGUUGA